AUAAGUUUUACCACACCUAUGUCAUGAUAACAUGAAGUAGCACAAUGCUACUUGGUGCUUUGGUAGAUGUUUGUGGUUGUGAGUGUCACGUUCACUGUGUUUUGUUUGCUCUUUUGGUUCUUUAUUUGUCGUUAUUUGAAAUUAUUUAAAAUUAUGAUUCUUCUUAUCUUUACUUUAGACAGUAUCAACAGUUUUCCAUCAUGAAUUACGCCAGCAGCUACACUUGACUGAACGUAAAUAAUAAUUCAAUCAUUCCAACCGAACGCAUCUGCUUACUCUCUUACACCGUAUUGCUCUUGGCAAUACGUCGUGUGUCCUCACGUUUCGGUAGCUGAGAUGCUGCAUAGGGAGGUUGAAGAAUUUGCUGGGAUGAGAAAUCUUUAUUGUGAGUGUUAAUAGUAGUAUGAAGACUGAGAGUUAUUGGAGCGAUUGGUUUUCCGGUUUCAAGUCGUUUUAUAAUCAUUAGUCAGAUUGAUUUCUUAUUUGUGUAGUUUAAUCUUAGAAGGUUUAUGGAGUAUUAGUUCUUUCUUGGAUUUUUACGCGAGAUUCUCGGGGGAAUAAUCGUGGAUUUACAACUGAGAGAUGAAGAGCUGAAGAAGAGUAAUUACAUUGCGUUGAAUGUGCUCCUUGACCUCCAGACGAACCACUUACUUGAGUACAGAAAUAAAAUGUUAGUAAAUGUAGGGAAAUAACAGAAGCAGAGGCUACUGCUAAUAGCAGAAGUUGUGGAGUAGUAUCAUUUCAGGGAAGAUAUACUUACAGGACUACUGCCAUACAAACAAUCGAAGGGAUGGUACAAGGACAAUACGUAAAGAAUGCUACGUGAUAAAAACCCAUUGAUACGCUUAUUGAUUUUUCAAUGUUAUCACCAAUAAUAGAUAGUGACUGAUUCAAGUUUCAACUUUAACUGCAAUAUGUUAUCCUCACAUCGAUACUGUAUAAAUAUUAGAGGAUUGCAUCACAUAUAUGAUACCUGUUGUUAUCUCUGAAAAUGCCGAAGAAAUUCUCUGGUGGAAAUACAAAAGCAGUGGCAGCAAGGGCUCGCAAGGAAGCUGCGAAGAGAGAGGAAGCAGAGAAGAAAAAGAAAGCUGAAGAAGAUGCAUAUUGGCAGGAUGAUAAUAAGAACGUUACCCGUAAACAGCGAAAGGAAGAAGCAGAACGCAAACGUAUGGAAGCCUUACAGAGGAAGCAUGAAAGUCGGAUAGCACAUGAUGAGGAAAUGAAAGCGUUGUCGGGAAAAGCAGUGGGAUCAUCCAAGAUCACACAAGCAACAAUUGAAGCUAAUAAGCGUGCUGAAGAGGAACGAAAACGCGAAGAAGAAAAAGAACGGUUGCUGAAAGAACAGCGUUUAGGAACCGAAGAAGAGGGAAUUGAAGAAAAUGUUAACCAGCUAAAGGUAGAAGGUGAAACUGCCCGUACCGUUACAGAAGCAAUUAAUAUAUUGUCCAUAGGCAAGUCAACUAUCGAUCGGCACCCCGAAAAAAGAGUGAAAGCCGCCUAUCAGGAAUUCGAAGAAAAAAUGUUACCACGCUUGAGAGAAGAAUAUCCCACAUAUCGCCUUUCACAGCUGAAGCAAGUCUUAAAGAAGCAAUGGCAAAAAUCUCCCGAAAAUCCUCUAAAUCAGAAAAUUUUAGAAAUCAUUCAAUGAUUUGUACGAUGUAUAAUGUUAUGUUCCUUCAGUCUUGAUAAAUUCUUUACGAUAUGUUCGAAUUUACUUUUUUUCGAUGUUCAUUUUUUGUGCUGCAAUUAUUAUUUAAGGGUCAGUGAAAGGAUGGAGAAUUUUAUGUUUCACUCAUAUUUGGCAUAAUGUGUUUCAAUGCAUUACACUGCUUGGUAUUCUUGUGUUUGUGCAAAGAUUUUUUUUAAUCUUUUGAUAUCUUAAAAGUUAUCCAUCCGCGUAAUAAAUGGUCGAUGUUAUGCGUGUUAAAAUGUAUUAAUUCAGGUUUGGGAAUAUUUCGUU